UAUUGCGCGGAGUUGCUUGUUUUAGUCUAGUGUGGUUUUCACAGAGAGAGACUCGUUCGUCUGUUUCAGGGCGUAUGGCAAAAGCAAGCCAAGAAUAAGGACAAAAGUCACACACUGUGGCACCUGAAGCAGAUCUAUUUCACUGGCAGGUUUCAAAGGAAGUGCGUUGUAAUCUACGGAAACCUCACACUGAAGUGGCUGGCUUCACAUCUGCGCCAAUGUCCAGCAUCAGCAAAGAAAACAUCCAGCUUCAAAUGGCAGAAUUAGAAAUGCUUUUAUCUAUGUUUCCUAAUAAAGGAGAACUAACACUUCAAGAUGAAAAUAUUAUGCAUACUAUUCAGAGGUACCUGAAUGAUGAAAGUGAAAAUCUUUUACAUAACAUUGAAUACUCAAUUGCUGUUACUACAGAUGAACCAAAGGGAAGAAUAAAUCUGCAAGUAGUUUUGCCUUCUGACUACCCCAGUGCAGCACCACAGCUUUUUGCAAGAUCAGAGGAUCUAGAUCGGCAACAACAACUGCAACUCAACAAGGAUCUCGCAUCUUAUAUUUCUUCUUUUGAGUCAGGAGAACUUUGCAUAUGUGCUGCUGUGCAGUGGCUGAGAGACAACAGUUUGCCCUAUUUACAGAACAGUAAACUUUAUUGUCAAAGACUGCCAGAUAAAAAAAUAGUUAAAACGCUGUUUAAGCGGAUGUGGAUUUAUAGCCACCACAUAUAUAGGCAAGAACUAAGGAAGAAGAUUUUUGAUUGUGCCAAGAAAUUAAAUUUGACUGGCUUUUGUCUAACUGGGAAACCUGGGAUCAUUUGUGUGGAGGGUGUCAAAGAGAAUUGUGAAGAGUUUUGGCAUGUUAUUAGAUACCCAAACUGGAAACACAUUUCUUGCAAACAUGUGGAGAGUGGGGAGAUUGAGGCAAAUGGGGAUGAUUUACGGCUCUUUCAGACUUUUGAAGAUUUACAGUUUCAAGCCCACGGUGACUAUGGACUGAGGAAUGACUAUCACAUGGACCUUGGUCAGUUUCUAGAAUUUUUGAAGGCUCAUCAAAGUGAGCAUGUAUUUCAUAUUUUGUUGGGUGUUGAAGGCAAAUGUUCUGAUAGUUAACAACUCAAUAUGUUUUUACUUGUAAAAACCAUUAAUCUACUGUAAUAAAACUGAGCUAUGGUUGUAACAUCAAAGUAACUUGGAAGGACUUACACAGUAAUCAGUCAUCAUCUUGUAUAGUGAAGUUUCAUUCAGAACAAAACCUCUCCACUUAUGUCUGAUUUAUUCUGAGUUUAGUCAAUGAUGCAUUUAAAUCCAGACUUGAGAGACAGUUCCUCUCAAAGCAAGCUUGCACGUAUCUCAAGCGUUAAACAUUCGUAGCACCAUUCUGUAAAUAAAAACAUAUCCACUAAGCUAUACCUCUUCAGAACUACUAUCUCAUCUCCUGGCUGCACAAAGCCAUGUUAUAUAGAAAAUGCAUGAGCAUAUAUUUUGGAUGUUAAAUUAGAAAUGCUAAACAGCUGCAUGGUUUACUUGUCCACUUUCUGCUCAGUCUUCUAAUGUUCAAAUCUUAGAUUGAUACAGAUGAUAUGAAGUUAGUUUGUUCUGUUUUUGUUGUAGGUAAGCACAAAGACAUCCUAAUGUUAUGUACUUGACCACAGAUGAUACAGUAAAUUAUACAAUCAGAA